AGGGACUUUGCAAGCACUGGAAGCCUACUAACACCUGGCCGCACAGGUGCCCUCCUGCCCAUUUCAGAGUUUCCUGGAUCCAGGUUCUCAAUAUUCUGGUUGGAAAGGAUGUGAGUACUUCUUUCACCACUGGAAGGCAGGAUCAGAUCAUGUAGUAAACAAUCAGACCCUCCCUCUCCAUUAGUGACUAUGGACGACCUGCAGGUGUCGCUGCCAGCAGGUUGGUAAAGCCUCAUGCCUGCCUGACAGCAGCAACACAGUGUGGGUGUCUGCCUGUCACCCAGGGGCCCUGUGUGAACAGCAGAGGGAAGAAGAAGAGACGUGGAGGAGGAAACCAGAAAGUAACUUUGCUGCAGACAUGGACCUGCGGUCUGAGCUGCUCAAGUCCAUCUGGUACGGUUUCACAGCCCUGGAUCUGGAGAAGAGCGGUAAAGUGUCCAAGUCUCAGCUGAAGGUGCUGUCCCACAACCUGUGUACAGUCUUGUCUAUCCCACAUGACCCAGUUGCUUUGGAGGAGCACUUCAGGGAUGAUGAUGAUGGUCCAGUUUCCAGUCAGGGUUAUAUGCCUUACCUCAACAAAUACAUCCUGGACAAGGUUAUUGAAGGCUCUUUUAUUAAGGAAAACGUAGAUGAGCUCUGUUGGACGCUUACAGCAAAGAAAAACUACCAGACGGACAAAACCAGCAGUACUGUUCUGCCAGAGAAGGAUGCUUUUCGGCUUUGGUGCCUUUUUAAUUUUCUCUCUGAAGACAAGUACCCUUUGGUUAUGGUCCCUGACGAGGUGGAGUACCUCCUAAAGAAGAUAUGUAUGGGUAUGAGUAUUGAGUUCAACUGUGUUGAAUUAGAGGACUUCUUCUCCCAAGACUCAGUGCAGCAGAGCGGCAUUACUGUUUGGGUUUUUCUGGCGAUGAUGAACUCGGGAAAGAUAACCAGAGGAAUUGAAAAGAGCAUAAUCAGCAUGGCUAUAGAGGAAGUAUACAGGGAGAUAGUUGGUGAUGUCCUCAAAGAGGGUUAUCUGUGGAAGAAAGGCCAGCUGAGGAGAAACUGGAAGGAACGCUGGUUCACCUUAAGGCCGAGCAACUUGUCCUACUACACCGGGGAGGACCGCAAGGACUGCCAGGGCAACAUAGUUCUGGACGGGAACUGCUGUGUUGAGGAAGUAGACGAUCAAAUAUUGUUUGGCUCAAAAUGGAUCAAAAACGUCUUUAACCCUGUGCUACCAGACCGGGAUGGGAAGAGGUGCAUGUUUUGUCUGAAAACCCUCUCCAAGACUUAUGAGAUGAGCGCCUCAGACACCAAACAGAGACAGGAGUGGACUACAGCCAUUCAAACAGCUAUCAGGCUGCAUGUGGAGGGCAAAACGUCCCUCCACAAAGAUUUGAAGAUGAAGCGUCGCGAACAGCGGGAGCAGCGGGAGAAGAGACAGCAGGCCAAGGAGGAGGAGCUGCACAGGCUGCGGGCCCUGCAGGAGGAACGGGAGCGUAAGCUGGCGGAGUUGGAUCUUCUGAAGGAGGCGCAAAAGCAGGCUCAGGCCCUCCUGGAGCAGGACGAGCAGAGGAGACGUCAGCAGCAUGAACAGCUCCAGCGGGCCCUGGAGGUCCAGCUGCGAGAGGCUGAGGAGGCUCGGGUCAGCAUGCAGGCAGAGAUGGCUCUAAAAGAGGAGGAGGCAGAGAGGCAGAGGAAGAGGAUCCAGGAGCUGGAGGAGAUGCAGAAGCGUUUAGAGGAGGCGCUGCAGCAGGAGAUCAAAGCCAGACGAGAUGAGGAGGCCUUCCGCUACGCUCAAGCAGGGUUACUGGCAGAGGAAGAGGAGAAAAUGAAGGCCCUGAUGAGACUGCAGGAGGAACAGGAGGAGUACAUCCUGAAGACACAGAGAGAGAAGCAGGAGCUGAAACAGGAAAUGGAGGCCAAGUCCCGGUCUCUGGACGAGGCGCAAAGGCAGCUGGAGGAGGUCCGCGCCAACCGGCACAGGGUUGACCAGGAUGUAGUGGCUGCACAGCGGAAACUUCGCCAGGCGAGCACCAAUGUCAAACACUGGAACGUCCAGAUGAACAGACUGAUGCGACCAAUCGGACCAGGCGAGAAGAGACCAUCGUUGGGAAGCUCCUUCUCAAGCUUCCAGAUCCCGACACAGAGAGAUCCCGGGCUGCGUCUCAGAAGGAGAUCAGGAUCAGAGGAUCAGGAUGAGGAGAGCAAAGAGAAUGUUGACACCAGAGCUGGAUGUGAUUUAGAGAAACGGCACUCCCAUGCCUCUAAUGGAGACAUGGACAUCCCCUGAAAACGUGAAUCAGACAGACAGGCUGUGUAGGUCACUUCUGGUCAGGUUUUCUGACAGGAAGGGCAAGAGAUGAAAAGAGUGGAACAUCUACACUUAAAACUGAAUUUACUACCAAAAGUACUACCAUUUCUGUUAAAUGUUGAAUUUACUGACCUCAUUUCACAGAAACAGUUUAAAACAUUUGCAUUUGCAGAAUCAACUAAUGCUUUGACUGCCUGUGUGAGGCCUGUUGUGGACAUAAACGAUACCUCAGUGCAAAGGAAAUGAGCUGUAAGCAAGAUCCUGGAAGUACGAAGUAAGUUGUGAUGUUUAAAGGCAAAUACUUACAUACAAUGCAAGGGAGCUUAUUUGUUUAGCUCUGUAAUAUAGCCACAUAACAAUGUUUCAUUUUAACAUAUGUAUUUUUGGGGGUGGAGGGUGGCUUGACUUUUUUACAUAAAAGUUGGUUAAGUAUUAGAGUUUACCGCAAUUUUAUUGGAAGAGUAUCACUCAUUAUCAACAGGAAAGAGAGGGAGGGAGAGAAACUCUCAUUGAACUUCCGGUUUCUAUUGUCAGUUAACAUAACAGUUGUAAAUAAAGAGUGAAUUAAUGCCUGA